GGCAGCCCCUGGCACACGCCCCAGACGCCAGCCGGCUGCGAGCGGAUGCGACCGUGGGGCGCGGGGCCGGUCUCUUGUUCGGAGUUGGGGAGCCCCCUAAAGAGCAGAGAGAAACCCACUCCCCAUGGCGGAGGCUGCUCCUGUCCCCUGCCCACCUCCUGGGCCGAUUCCGUGGGCCGUGGGGCGGGGAGGCGGAGGCUGGGAGCUGCGGACAGGCAGCCAGCCCCCCACACGGCCAGAUAAAGAAAAUGAGAAAGAGAAAAAGUCAGUGAUCUGUGUUGAGGGCAAUAUAGCCAGCGGGAAGACGACAUGCCUGGAGUUCUUCGCCAACACAACAGACAUUGAGGUGUUUCCGGAGCCGGUGCCCAAGUGGAGAAAUGUCCGUGGCCAUAAUCCUCUGGGUCUGAUGUACCGUGAUGCCUAUCGAUGGGGCCUCACGAUGCAGACAUACGUGCAGCUCACCAUGCUGGACCAGCACACUCGUCCGCAGACGUCACCUGUACGGUUAAUGGAGCGGUCGAUUCACAGCGCAAGAUACAUUUUUGUAGAAAACCUGUAUAGAAGCGGGAAGAUGCCCGAAGUGGACUACGUGAUUUUGUCGGAAUGGUUUGACUGGAUCGUGAGGAACAUCGACGUGUCCGUGGAUUUGAUAGUUUAUCUCCGGACCACUCCUGAGACCUGCUAUCAGAGGUUAAAGAUGAGAUGCAGGGACGAGGAGAAGGUCAUCCCAUUGGAAUACCUGGAUGCUAUUCACCACCUCUACGAGGAAUGGCUCAUCAAAGGGGACCUUUUCCCUUUAGUGGCCCCUGUUCUGGGCAUCCGAAGGAACAUCAUCUGCUGUUCUGGGCGGGCACACAGUGAUGCCUUUAGGAGGUGUGAGGUGAUUGAGGCUGACCACGACAUGCAGAAAAUGUUAGAACUCUUUGAACAAAACCGGGACCGGAUAUUAACUCCAGGGGAUCAGACACAUGGCCCAUAGGACAGGAAAGAUCGUGCCAGAAAAAUGCCCGCGGCUGCCAAGUUAGCCCUUAGGGGCGAUGUGGGAAAUCUCUUGGGAGGGCUUUGAAUCUGGCCGGAUUUGUUCUCCUAACGGCCUUUCUCCUUUGCUGGUGUCUCUCUCCUGGGUUCCUGGCCCUAGAGGGUAAGUGGUGAACGGGACCAGUGGGUUUGUCAUGCCCUUCAAUGUUGGCAGCCUUGCCGGGCCCCUCUGAUGAAGCGCUUAGGAAGGGCUGGCUGGCCUCAUGCUGGGUUCCUGGUCUCACCCCUCAGCCACACAGGAGGGUGAGAGUGGUCUUACAUCCCAGGGUCGGAAGUUGAAGCUCAGAGAGGCUAAGGGAUUCCCCAAGGUGACACAGCCAGGGAGUCGGCAUCAUCCAGCCUUUUGGCAAUUCCAAAAACGUUGCCCUGCCCCACGCUGCCUCGUCCUGAGAGCCCCGUCUGCCCCGGCUGGAGACCCUCACAUCUGCGUGGGGAGAGCCAGCAGUGCAUGGGGCAAAUGUCAUCCUUUCGUUAUGACUUUAGCAGCUCUCAGGACAAUCAGCAUUUCUAGACGUUCACAAAAUUGUACAUGCUUGGCCCAAGGCCAGCGUUCAGUGGUUUCUCAGCACAGGCCACCGUGGCAUUUACACCGGGGCACCUGGGCUUCCAUCCACGGGAGAAUUCUGCGUUGGCUCUGAAUGGUGCUUGGUCUCCUGCUGAUGAAGGUCACGCUGCCAGUUCCCUCUCAGGGAAGUGGCCUGUGGCCCCUGGCUGGUCUGCCCAGUGCCGAGCAGAGCACGGGGCCUCCAGCCCUGGCUUCCGAGGCUCCCUUACCCCAUAGUGGCCUUAUGUGCGACUGAGAGUUUGUUCCCGGGGGAGAGAGAUGCAAGGGGCCUUAAGUCCUCCGAUCCAAGGGGACGCCUUCAGCCAUAAAGCAUGAAACGUCUUUAUUGGUUCAGAAAAGAUCUUAGCUCCGCUCAGCUGUAACCGCAUUGAAGCACAGCCGUCUCUUGAGUCACGCGGAACAGGAGGAAGGCAGCACGUUGUCUGAGACGGUCUGGGUGGGACGCCGGGCUUGCAGGCAGAGGCUCUCGGAGCACUGGUGGGUGGAGGGGAGCAGAGGCCCCAAGAGCAAUGGUUGCAAACACGAGGAGGGGCAGUUGUAAACUCUGGGGGAGACAGGCCUGGACCCCUCCCUUCCUGAGAAGUGGUUGUUGUAAAUGAAGGUUGGGAGGCCUUGUUCUGGCCUCUGUGGGUGUGGCGCCCGGCACUAAACAGGUGGCAGGUGUUCCCGGGGUCCAGUCCCAGAGGGAGGCUGAGCGGGCAAGCACGCUGGCUUUUAGCCCUUCCUGUCUGCACUGCUUCUUGGGCUGUGUGGGCAGGAGGAGGGGCAGCAGCCCAGAUGAUCCACUAGGAACCUGGAGGAGGCGGGAGCCUCUGCUACCAGGACCCUUCACAUGCGGGGGCCAUCUUUGAGAAUUUGUAUGUGAUCGGGCCACUGUUUUCACAUGCGGGGGCCAUCUUUGAGAAUUUGUAUGUGAUCGGGCCACUGUUUUCACAUGCGGGGGCCAUCUUUGAGAAUUUGUAUGUGAUCGGGCCACUGUUUUCCCCACAGCUCAGUCUGAGCAUCUGUUCUGGGGAAAUGGGAUUUUUUUUUUUUAAAUCCUCCUCUGCAGUAGCCAAUAAAUCCUUCACCUAAAAGCUGA